AGCGAGGAAUAAAACAAGACACGUAUAGGAAGAUGGAGCGGAUAGUGGAGCGCAUGCAGCACGAGCGGAGCGGCGUCUCCGUCCGGACUGUGAAGUCGUUCCUCUCCAAGAUUCCCUCCGUGUUCGCGGGCGCAGACCUCAUCGCCUGGAUGAUCAAAAAUCUGGACGUCGAGGAUCAGGCGGAGGCUCUCCACUUAGCGCACUUGAUGGCGGCGCACGGCUACCUGUUCCCCAUCGACGACCACAUCCUCACCGUCAGAAACGACGGCACCUUCUACCGCUUCCAGACGCCGUAUUUUUGGCCUUCCAAGUCGUGGGAGCCGGAAAAUACCGACUAUGCGGUGUACCUGUGUAAACGUACGAUGCAGAACAAGACUCGUCUUGAGCUUGCUGAUUACGAGGCAGAAAAUUUGGCGAGGUUACAAAAGAUUUUCUCAAGAAAAUGGGAAUUCAUAUUCAUGCAGGCGGAGGCGCAGUCCAAGGUGGAUAAGAAGCGGGAUAAGUUGGAGCGAAAGAUCCUCGACAGCCAGGAGCGGGCCUUCUGGGACGUCCACCGGCCUGUGCCGGGCUGCGUCAACACCACAGAGGUGGACAUCAAGAAGGCGUGUAGGAUGAGUCGCUCGGCGCCCGGCCGGCCCGUUCCCGUCCAAUGCGGCCAGCUGCUCUCUGCGGCCGGUACCUCCGCAGAGGAGGGCAGCCGGCCUGCUGAGACUGAGAUCGCGGAGCUGCGAGCCGCUGCCGACCGCAUUCGAGCCAGCAUCGACCGCUGCAGCCUGCGGGUCUCCAAAGCCGCCGAAACUUUCAUCAGUUUUUACGAGCAGUACCUGGAGUACGACCCUGCGCUGACAGUCCAAGAGCCGUCCAACCCCUGGAUUAGCGACAACACAGAGCUGUGGGACCAGGAGAAAUCCGGGAAAGAGAUAGCUCCGAAGCGGGUCAAACGUUGGGCGUUUAGUCUCAACGAGCUGUUGCGGGACCCGAUCGGGCGGGAUCAGUUCGAAAAGUUCCUUGACAAGGAGUAUAGCGGCGAGAAUCUUCGGUUCUUUCUGGCGCUCCAGGAGCUGAAGGCACUGCCGCAGCAGGCCGUGGCGGACCGGGUGCACCAGAUCUGGGCCGAGUUCCUCGCACCGGACGCCUCAAUGCCCGUCAACAUCGACUCCAAGUCGUACGAGAUCACAAAGCGUAACAUGGAGAAACCCGACCGGUGGACGUUCGAGGCAGCCGGGGUGCACCUGUAUCACUUGAUGAAGUCGGACAGCUACUCCCGGUACCUCCGGUCCGAAAUGUACAAGGAGAUUAUGUCUGGAACCAAGAAAAAGAUCUCCGUCAAAGGCAUCCGCUCCAUCGUGUCAUUCACAACGAAAAAGGAAUCAUGAUCGCGACUUUCCAUCUUUAACAUAUGAAGUUGGCCUCACCCUGUGCGCUGUCCUCUGCUGGUGGGAAGGCGCGCUUCUCACACAUAUGGGACCACGGGCUGUGUCCGCCCCCAGCGGCGGCGACAUCGCGGCACUGCCGGCACCACAGAGGCACCAGGAUCGUCGGCAGCACCAGUCUUGGGACCAGGGAGAUGUGCUCGGACGGACACGUCUCAGAGGGCAUAUUUUUCGAUAGCAGCGGACUGAGACACGCCUGCCCUCGCCGCUCGCGGCCGACCGCCCGCAGAGCGCAUGGACUGUGCGUGCGAUGGCGUACCGCUCGUGUUUUAGGCGCUGUUUGCAGUUUGUGCGCGACCGAUCGGCGUGGUGCUGUGGGUGGCGCCGACGGAGGGACGUUCUGUGACCGCGAACUGGCAAUAUGGCCGCGCACGGGGCCUGAUCUGACACUGGCCGGCACUGCGGCCCGGGAGCCGCUCUCUCAGAUGACCUACAGUAGGUACAAAUGCUGAUCAAUAACGGUGUGGCCGCCGGCCGGGGCCAGUCGCCGCUGGCUCCGGGCUCGUUCUGCGGCGACUGAGGCGCCGCCUGGCCAGGGACCGGCGCCGCCCGCGCCGACCCGGGCCACAGGGGCCGCCGUUCGCAGCGUUGACGUUAAAUAAAUGGACGUGACUUCA